AUGCCAGACUCGAUGCUCGUGAAACCCGACAAUAAAGUCAAUCUUCUGACGUUGCCCCUUGAGAUUCGACUUCAUAUAUAUCAUUGGCUUCAUCUCAUGUGCCCAGUUCGCCACGCGCAGCUUGCACCAUGGUAUCCAACUCCAGUCCACUGUCAAUACAUCCUCAAGCCAGUUGAGCCAGAGACUUCAUCCGAGAACGCCACAUCGAAACAAGCAGACCAAGGACUACUGUCAUCGCAUCGUCCUCUCUCAGGUCUUCCUACGUAUCUUCUACAAACCUGCCACCAAAUUUAUCGCGAAGCUCGUCUCGUGCCCUUUGAACAGAAUGAGUUUGUCUUUGUGAACUGGUUUGCUUCAGGGCUAUGGGCAGCUCGCGCAUUCACUCGAUCUCUCACCCCAUGGCAGCGCGCUACCCUACGCUACGUAAGACUAGAAGUUCUUGCACGAGAUGUGGUAGUUGGAGGCGCAGGUCGCGAGGAGUGGCGCACACUGUGCAGAGAAUGGUCAACGGGUGUCCGAGGGCUACGAAUGAAAAUGGUUCUCGGGGCGAGCACCUCCGUAGUUACGGGGCCGGCCUACGGAGGCGGAGUGGAGCGCAGAGCGGAGGCGGCGCGGCAAUGGGUCGGCGAAGGACUCGUUUUUAUGACAAGACUUGAGAGGAUUGAGAUGGAAGUUGUGGCGAGGGAGAUGAGCGAUUGGGACAAAGUUACGUGGUGCGAGACGCUACAGAAAGAGUUGAGAGAGGGAGGGCUGGACAGAGUUGUGGUUGUUUGUACUGAAAAGGUGCAGGAGAAGAUGGAGUGGAUUAAGAGUGAUGUUGGAUGGAAGAAUCGUGAGUUUGAUGUGGCUACUGCGGAUUCUGCUACGGACAGCUCUACAGUAGUUCCUACGAAGCAGAGAUGA